AUGGGACUAACCACGGAACAGGAUGCCAUACACAAGAUCUUUGGCAUCCCACAUACCAUCGACUACUAUGCGUUCCCAUUCCCUCAAAAUAUUCAAGAUUUGGGCUCCGUGGCAGUCCGGCAGGGUCGCUUUUUGGCUUGGCCGAAUUCGUUACGGUAUAAAACGCAGCCAUUUUCGCUCAGCGACAAAUCAUCUCCCGGUCACCAACGCUGUAUUAUUAUCUACCUGGUUGAUCUUGUGAAGAGCUAUACGGACGACUGGCCCAUGGGAAUGGAUGAGGCAGCAAAGUACAAAAAGGAAUCUGAAGAAGAACGAGACCUUGCAAUAGAGGCUCAGACCGAAGGGAUUGGUCGACAUAAUUUCGAGAGCCCUCUUGUUUAUGGUGAAUAA